AUGUGUUCUGCCUACUGGGAACACGACUUUUUCCAGUCUGCUCGUAUUCCAGCCAACUUUUUUCAGUCUGCUCGUAUCCCAGACGACUUCUCUUUGUCUGCUCGUAUCCAAGACGACGUCUCUUUGUCUGCUCGUAUUCUAGACGACUUCUCUUUGUCUGCUCGUAUCCCAGACGACUUCUCCCUGUCUGCUCGUAUCCCAGACGACUUUUCCCUGUCUGCUCGUAUCCCAGACGACUUUUCCCUGUCUGCUCGUAUCCCAGACGACUUCUCACUGUCUGCUCGUAUCCCAGACGACUUCUCCCUAUNUGUCGUGCCCUCAGUUCUUCCGGAGUUCAGUCGACUCGAGUUUACCAUUUUCCACUGCGGAGCAACGGCUUCUGGAGAGGAAAUCCCUUCAUGCUCUCAGCUGUUGGUGGACUACGAACUUACGUCGAUUGAACAUCGAACGAACCCGACCGUCGUUAAGGUGGCCAGAAGAGCGAUCAGUCAAGCUCGGUAUAUGAAUGACUUAGUAGAAGAUUUCUUCGACUUUUCCCCAGGUAGCAGUGAGAAAUCUCCGGAUGAGAUAGCAGCGUUUUUGGAAGAAAUAUUUGUUAGGAAUGAAAAAAAAAGUAAUUUGCAUGUGAAAUCCGGCUCAGAAAACCCUGAAAAUAGUUCUGGUGCAAACGCUGUUUCCGAACCAACUGCAACUACGAACGUUGUUUCCGAACAUAGUGGAAGAACGAACACUGAUCCCGAACAAAGUGGAACCACGAACGCUGCUCACGAACAAAUUGGAACCGCGAACGCUGUUUUCAAACAAACUGGAACCACGAAAGAAGUUUCCAAGCAAACUGCAAACACGAACGCUGCUCCCGAGAAAACUGGAACCGCGAACGCUGCUUCUGAACCAACUGCAACCACGAACGUUGCUUCUGAACCAACUGCAACCACGAACGCUGCUUCUGAACCAACUGCAACCACGAACGCUGCUUCUGAACCUGCUGGAACCGCGAAUGCUGCUCUCAAAUCAACUGGAACAACGAACGCUAUCUCCGAACCAACUGCAACCACGAACGCUGCUUCUGAGAAAAAUAAAACCGCGAACACUGCUCCCGACCAAACUGUAACCGCUAACGCUGCUCCCGAGCAAACUGGAAUCGCGAACGCUGCUCCCGAACAAACGGGUACCACGAAUGCUGCUUCCGAACAAACUGGUACCGCGAAUGGUGCUCUCAAAUCAACUGGAACAACGAACGCUGCUCCCGAGCAAACUGGAAUCGCGAACGCUGCUCCCGAGCAAACUGGAAUCACGAACGCUGCUCCUGAACAAACUGGAAUCGCGAACGUUGCUUCUGAGCAAACUGGAGCCGCGAAUGCUGCCCCCGAACAAACUGGUACCACGAAUGCUGCUUCCGAACAAACUGGUACCGCGAAUGGUGCUCUCAAAUCAACUGGAACAACGAACGCUGCUUCCGAGCCAACUGGAACCACGAACGCUGCUCCCGAACAAACUGGAACCACGAACGCUGCUACCGAACAAACUGGAACCGCGAACGCUGCUUCUGAGCAAACUGGAACUAAGAACGCUGCUUCUAAGCAAACUGGAACCACGAACGCUGCUUCAGAGCAAACUCGAACCACGAACGCUGCUUCUGAGCAAACUCGAACCACGAACGCUGCUUCUGAGCAAACUGGAAUCACGAAUGCUUCUUCCGAACAAACUAGAACCACGAAGACCGCUUCCGAACAAACUGUGACCACGAACGCUGUUUCCGAACAAAUUGAAUCCACGAACGCUGCUUUCGAACAAAUUGAAUCCACGAACGCUGCUUUCGAACAAACUGGAAUCACGAAUAAUGCUUCCGAAAAACUUGCAACCACGAUCCGGUCAGAGUCAGACUCAUUUAAUGAAGGCGAGACGAAGAUUUCGAGCCAAGCUAACCUUGAUAUUAACUUCAGAUUCUCGAAAAGAGAUUCAAUUGAGAACGAGUUAUGCUGUCAAAUAAAAAGAAUGUGUUUUCAUGACAGAAAAAAUCCUGGUUUGUCUUCCAGCAAUGUCCGUGGUGGCAGCCUGAGCGAAAAUGUACACAAAACUCUUUGUAAACGAAAAUCUCUCUCGGGUCAUCUCGAGAAUGUCAAAUAUGGAGCAUCGGCGGUCAGAAAGAAAACUGUAGGGAAGUAUGGUCGGGAAUUAGCCCAGAAAUUGCGUAGAAUGUACCGUAAUGAUAAGAGAAUGGCUUUUCGUAAAGCAAUUGAAAAACAUUGCAAGUUAAAGCUCUUCAACGUUACAUUUGAAGAUAACACUAAGUCCAAGUUUUCCAUGAGGGAAAAGCAAGUGAACCGCCUCAAUCUACCUACAUGGAUUAAUGCGGAAAAUAGUGAUGACGAUUAUGGUUAUGACACUGACGAAGAUUGUAAUAGUACCGAGCUAUGAUGUUUUUUCAUUAAAUAUUGUUGUUGGUUAAGAUUGUUGCAGCGAUAUGAAGACGAGAUUAUGCUAUCUCAUUGUGAACUCGUUUCUCAAAACUUGAAAUAUCAACGAAACUUUCAUCGUGCAAGCCAUUUUUUAAUUGAUUUAAAUUAUGCAACGGAUGAGUCGUUACUUUUUGCUGUUUACAAAUUCUGUGUUUUUAAAACAAAAUUCUCAUGAAUUUACAUUUUGAUGUCUGCUUUCGGGCGAAUUCUCAUCAUAAUACUGGCUAAAUAUUUAAUCUGUUUGUGUUCAAUGCAUACAAAAUUUAUUUGAAUUGUGACCAAAUGGAUUUCCAUUUAGUGACAGUCUAAUUUUGGAUGGUAGAAACCAAUUUCAUCCAUUAUAUAAUCAUCUGCUUUGAUGUAUAAACACAAUUCCCAAGCUCUGACGAAUUUGGUGUCAGAAGCAAUUAAAAAGAUCAAAAGACCUGAUAAUGAAUUCCUAUGCUGACUUCUUGCACUCAGCGUAAUUAGAAAGGUGUGAUGUAAAUUGUAUACUUUCGUGUGCUUGUGAGUAACCGAAGGUUUCUCUUUUUACAUUAUUUUAUUUUUAAGGACGAAAUUUGUGUCGUGAAGAUCUUAAAUUUCUCCAUGGAGUUUACAGUGCGGCAUAAAAAUGUGAACUAAA